AUGCGAAUCAAUAGUGAACUAGCGAACAAAUUUUCUGCCUCAACGGUGCACUUAGAACACAUCACAACUGCUUUAAGUUGCUUGACACCUUUCGGUUCUAAAGACGAUGUGCUUAUAUUCAUAGACGCUGAUGGCCUAUCAUUUGUCAGGGAAAACAACCAUGUGAUAAGAAUUCAAUUACUACUGUCUCGAGAGCUGUUUAUGUCUUAUUCAUAUAGAAAUGAAACUGAGGACCACAUGAAGCUUUGUGUGAAAAUAAAUCAUAUCUUAGAUAGUGUUAGCGUGAUGAACAGGAAUUCAGAUGACAUUGUCGAGUGUACUUUAUCUUAUGAUGGACAUGGAUCGCCUUUUGUGCUAAUAUUUGAAGACUCAUUUAUCUCUGAGAGAGUGGAAUACUCUACCUACUUAAUUAAGGAUUUCGAUACUAAUGGGUUAGAACUAGAUAGAGAAAGGAUAUGCUUUGAGGCAAUUAUUAAGGGUGAAGCCCUUCAUUCAGCUUUGAAGGAUUUGAAGGAAAUUGGAUGCAAAGAGUGCUAUGUAUAUGCGAAGACUGAGGCAAAUGAUGAGAAUGUAUUUGCUUUGAUAUCCAAAUCUCAGCUAGGAUUCUCAAAAAUAAAAUUGCCCAGUAACAGAUCGAUACUAGAGAAGUUACAAGUAUUUGACGGAGAUUCUACAACAGUAAUGGAUGGUUCUGCCGUAAUCGGGUUCUUUGAUUUCACCUCAUUUGAUAAAAUCAGGAAGAGUACUAAAAUUGCAAGCAAAGUACUGUUUAGAAUGGAUGUUCAUGGUGUAUUAAGUGUAAAUAUUCUAAGUCAAACAGAUGAUGUCAUUAUCACUGAUACUACAAGACCUUCGAAUAACCGAUUAAGUAGUGUUCGUCAACUGCAACUACCCAAGGAUUAUCCUGGUAUAGUAAUCGAGGUUUGCAUGUUGGAAAAAGAAUCCAUCGAUGAGGUAGCACAGACAGAAAUAGAGCUCUUAAUGGAGACUAAUGAAUUUGGUAAUCGUGGCAAUUUCAAGAAAUCUAUUACAAGAAAAAGAUAUGGUACGGAUGGAGGUAAUGAAGCUUCUAAUGACAAUUUGCUGCAAUUGAAUGGUAAAGAAAUUAAACUACCAUCUGAAGAAAACAACAAUAACAAUAAAAAAUAUGAGGAUGAAGAGAAUCGCUACAAAAAUCCAACAAACGACAUCCCUUUAUUUUUUUAA